CAAAUCUGAUUGGUCCAGGACCACUGAAAUACCAAGAUUAGAGAUUGGUCUUUAGCAGUUAAAUGUAACUCCUCAGUCGCAUUUGCUGCAUUUGUUUCUGGUUGACGUCGAGAGAGAGACACGUUGGAGUGCUACAUGUAGUAUCAACCUAGUCUUCUUGUGACACUCCAAGCAACAGUAUGGGUUGCAGUGUAAGGUGGCAGUGGUGGCGGUUUCAAGCCUUCUCUAUUCUAGCCCUCUUCUUAACAGUCCACUGCCAGCAGUAUUUUAUCACCGAGCCGGAGGACACCCAGGUUCCGGCAGGAAACACUGUUCUGCUGAAGUGCAAGGUCGGCAGGAAAACUGGGGAAGUUCAGUGGCUGAAAGACGGCUUUUUACUCGGCUCAGAUAGAGAUCUUCCAGGAUUUCCCCGCUACAGGGUUGUAGGGGACAGCUCGGCUGGACAGUACAGCCUACUGAUCGAGAACGCAAACCUGAACGAUGAAGCUGGGUUCCAGUGCCAGUUGGGCCCGCCCAAUCCUAUCGGAUCACGUACAGCAAGAGUGACCGUCUUACUGCCACCAGAUGACCCGAGUAUUGAGGGGUACAACACAGGAGUGGACAUCCCCAUGACUCCAUCACAGGGUCUCCAGCUGACCUGCCGGUGCAACAACGGCAAACCCGCGGCAAACCUGACCUGGUACCGAAACGGGGAAGAGAUCACUGAGGGGGUGUCCUACAGCAGAGAGAACACGGGGACAGAGAAGAGACAGAACGCCACCAGCGUGCUACAACUGGAGCCUACAGCUGAUGACAACCGCGCCAGAUACGAGUGCAGGGCCGGCCAUGCAGCCUUCGAUGCAACUAAGAAUGUCUCUGUCACCCUCAGUGUGGGAUCUCCACCAGGAAAUCCUGUCAUCACUGGAAUCGAGGCCAAAGUCGGAGACCUUCUACAGAUCACCUGCAGGUCUGAAGGUGGUGACCCGCUCCCUGACCUGGUCUGGUACAAGAAUGACCAGCGCAUCGACGACUCUUAUCAUUCUAGAAGCAAUCAGACAUUCAACCAGCUGCUUCACACCGUGGUCGCUAGCGACAACAACGCAGAAUUUUCCUGUCAGGCUUCAAAUGGCGUCACCCCAACUCCACUGAAGACCUCCGUCACAUUGACAGUAAAAUAUCCACCAGGACAACCUGUCAUCACUGGGUUCGAAACUCAGUCGGUCAAGAAAGUCGGAGACAUUCUCCAGAUCACCUGCACGUCGGAAGGCGGCAACCCGCUCACUGACCUGGUCUGGUACAAGAAUGACCAGCGCAUCGACUCCUGUUCCCGGACUGUCGGCAAUCAGAUGUUCAACCAGCUGGUUCACAUCGUGGUCGCAAGCGACAACAACGCUGAGUUUUCCUGUCUGGCCUUGAACAAUGUCACCUCAACCCCACUGAGGACCUCAGUCACACUGACUGUAGAAACUAAUGAAGAUACGUCAUGGACCAACAGCCUGUGGUCGUGGCUUGUGGGACCUGAAACCUAG